AUGCCUUCGUUGAGAGGGAAAGCGCAGACUGUCUUGGGCCCCGUGGAGCCAGAAUGCCUUGGCUAUAUGUUGACUUAUGAACACUUGACUAUGAACUACAGCAGUUGUUUUUGUUCACCUUCUCCAGGCCAAAAGCCUCUGUCUGAUGGGCCCGUUGAGAUGAAGAAGUUGUUUUGGAUUAAGCAAAAUCCCUACAGCCAUAAAGAAAACCUUCCUUUGUAUCAGGAAGUAGAUGCUUUUAAAGCAGCAAGUGGUGGGAUGAUUGUGGAAAGCACAACCACAGGAAUUGGUUAGGAUAUGAAUACUUCGAAGAAGCUUGCUGAAGAAACUGGAGUCUGUAUUAUUGCUGGAGCUGGGUUUUAUGUGGAUUCUACUCAUUCUUAUCAAACACAGGUUGUGACAGUGGGGCAGAUGACCAUAUUUGAUACAAACAAACUUCUGGAAUUUGCUAAAGUUGGAUGUUAUCUAGAGUGUGACCUGUUUGGUACAGAGGUUCUCCAUGACCAGUUCCAUGCUGAUACUGACAUGCCGAGUGACAGUGGAAGACUAAAGAUGAUUCGUGUGCUGAUGGAUGAAGGCUAUGAAGACAGAAUUAUGAUUGCUCAUGAUGUGCACACGAAGAAUAGGUUGACGAAAUAUGGAGGUCAUGGAUAUUCACAUAUCCUUAAAAAUAGACUUCCCAAAAUGCUAAUUAGAGGCAUAUCCUAAGAUAAAAUUUACAAAAUACUCCUAGCAAAUCCAAGGCGGUGGUUGACUUUUAUAUAG